UUCUCUUCUUCUUUCCCCCUCUGGCUCGAAGCUCUUUGUUCUCAAAUCCCUAAAGCGUCUUGUCAGAGAGCAGACUGUACAGUAAGCGUUUCCUCCUUCCAACGCUUGGUUCUGCUUCGGCUGUACGGAUGGAUGCAACAAGAGCUGGAAAUGGAAAGAAAGCCUCUGGGCUACAAGGAAAGGAACUUACAGAAGACAUGAAACAGAAAUGGAGAGGGAUACAGAGGAAUGUCCAAUGGUUGGUCGCCUUCUGCCUGCCUCUUGCUUUCUCCCAAGGCAACCUUCCUUUCCUGCCAUUUUCGGUCUCAGGGGGCAUUUAUCAUUGCCAUCUACCCACCACUAGCUAGUCUUCAUCAACGCCACCACAAAGGCGCUUCAUCAACAGCCUUUUUUUUUGGAGGUGAACUUUGAUCUGGUGUGUAAAAAAUGGCCGGAGGAGCUCACAGCCUGAGGCGCACGGCCAAAAGGCCACAGUUUUUCCGGCUUAUCAUGCCUGGAAUGGUCCGGGACCAGCAGCUGGCGGUUCCGAAGUUGUUCGCCAAGAAGUAUGGUGCUGGUCUCUCGAAAAGGGUAGUUUUCGAGCUCCCCAAUGGCACAGAAUGGCCCAUCCGGCUUUCUGGAGGCGGCGACAAGCUUUGGUUCGGCCAGGGUUGGCGACAAUUUGCUGACUUUCACUGUGUCAACUCGAUGGGUUUCUUACUGAUGUUUGAAUAUCUUGGCGACAGUCGUUUCCGUGUGUUUAUAUUUGAUCCCAGUGCCUCCGAGAUUAGCUACCCUCCUCCGUCCGAAGCUGAUGUUAGUGGUGAAUCUGGAGGGCAAGAAGACGAUCCUUCUGUUGAAAUCUUGGAUGGCUACUCGUCUUCCCCAGAGACCAGGGAAGACCCACCACCAUUGAGCAACCGUCCCCGACCUCCAAAGCUGAAAAAGGGACUUGCCCGUGGGAGCAAUUGGGAGACAACCCUUGAUGAAGAUCUUUCUAGUGAGAGUAGCCAGGAUGAUGUUGAAGUUUGCCCAGCUAGGAAGGUUAACAGGGUGAUUGGGAGGCCAAAACCUUUUUCAGGUAGCGGGUCGUCAGCGGGUGGAAAUGGCGGGGUAUGGAGAAGAACCGUUUCUGCAGUGCUUCCAGGAAAAGCAGUUUCAAGGACAGAUAUGCAGUCUUCUAAGCUUAAAACAAACCGCGGCCGGCAGUCCACCGUCUUUACUUCAGGGAAUGGUUCCUUCGAAGUGACUGUUGCACCUGGUCAUCUACCACGCUCUCGCAAUUGCAAAGUGAGAAUUCCAACUGGGUUUGCAAGCAAUGUCGAGAAAGAUGUCCGUGAAGCAGAGUUAUGGGUUGAAGGCAGUUACUGGCCGGUGACCUUUAAUAGAGAAGUACAGAAAGGGAAAGAUUAUACGUCCCUAUGUGGUGGAUGGAGACUAUUUGCAGAAGAGAAUUUUUUGGAAGAGGGAGACGUUUGUGUUUUCAAGCUAAUUGGGACCAAGGACGAUGGUUUCAGUAAGUCGAUGAAGUUCAAGGUCAAUAUUUCCAGAGGAGAAUAGGGUUAGUAUUCUCUUGGAAUUUCAUCUCUCUUUUGUAACGGGUUGUUUUGAAUUAUGCAUUUGGCGAAAGGGUUAUCGUUCCAAAU